ACGACAUAAGACGAAACGACAUACGACUGAGUGUACAACUGCAAUGUACACUGUAGGUAAAGGAAGGACAAAGUGAAAAGGAGACGUUUUCAGUACAGCUUGAGGAAUCCGACCCAGCUAAAUAACGCGUGAACGUGAAAGGACACCUCGUUCCUGACAUGGCCAACCCUUUAAAGGGUGAGGUUAUCAAACUUUACAAAACGCUGCUGUAUCUUGGCCGAGAGUACCCCCAGGGAUCAGCGUAUUUCAGAGAUCGCCUGAAGUCAGCCUUCAUGAAGAACAAAGACGUGACAGACCCCGAGAAGGUCAAGAAGCUGGUGGCCCGAGGCGAGUUUGUCAUCAAGGAACUGGAGGCCCUCUAUUUCCUCAGGAAAUAUCGAGCCAUGAAGCAGAGGUAUUAUGAACCAGAAAAGUAAUUACACACAGACACAGAUUCAGAUUAUCUUUCUGAAAUUAAAACGGGCAGCGUGAACAUUGAGUCAAAGUGUCAAUAAUAUUUACUACACAUUACUCUGCUGAAAUGACAAACCCCCGACGGUUGCCCUUACAUAAAUAAAAUAUGCUUGCCUCAUAAGGGAAAUGGAAGAUCCAUCUGCAAUAAGUGCCAGAAAGUGAUAAUAAUGUGGCUGUUACAGAAUGUGCUUUGUGUUUUUUAGACACAAGUCGCAUCUUAAUGUCAGUGUUUUUAAUCUCAAAUAUUGUAUGUAUGUUGAUAUCACAGGUUUUCUUCCAGAAAAGUUAUUAGGCAUUUCAUUGGUGUUUGGAUCAUGACCAUUGCCAAGAAGUUACAGCUAAUAAUAAAGAAGCAGACUUAUACCUGAUCUGUAAUAACCUGUAGAAGCAGAGGAACUGACUGAACCACAUUGUGAAAUGUAUUUUGUAUUACAGUGUACAUGUACAGUAUAUAUUUGUAAAUACAUGGUUAAAUUUCUUGAAGAACGAAUGUACAUGACCAUGUAUCUAUGCACUAUUAAAUAGAAAUCAAAACAAAAUUUUGCAAAACUGUA